CACGUGUUUGUUGAGUUGAAUUGAGUAGUGUAGCGUGAUUUGGCUUGAGCGCUGCGUUUUUGUCCGCUCGCCCUACCUGUAAAUAUAAACCCAGUUCUGCAGCCGAUGUGUUCUCUUUUCUUCCAGCAAUGUGGCGAACACUGUUGCUGAUCUGCGUGUUCUCUGUGCUGAGCGGCGGUUUCUGCUCAGCAAGUCCUGCUGGCAAAGAGUUUGUCAACGUUUUUCUGCAGAACAAUGACCCGAGCUCGGACUCUCGUCUGGAGCUGAUGAUAACCUCCUACUCUGCUUCUACCUUGGUCACGGUGCAAGUCUACCAGUCCUCUUUCAGGAAGGAGUUCACUCUCUUCUCUGGCCAGAGUAGGUCUGUAGAGUUACCGGGGAACGUUGAGAUGAGGGGCAACACCUAUUCCUCAAACGCUUGCAUCGUGCAAGCUGAUCAAGAGGUCUCGGUCUUGGCAGUCAGCUGCAAGUCAAGAGCUUGUGUAACGUCCCUGCUCUACCCAGUCGGGUACUGGGGCAACCGUUACUACGCAAUCACACCUCAAGUACCCCAGCAAGAGACCUACAGGCAGAUCGGUAUCACCAACCACAAGUAUAAAAACGCCAUUGAAAUCUUCCUCACCAGCCAGGUCACUUUUCAAGGCACCCUCUACUCCAAGGGAGAUGUGGUGAAGAUUACCCUAUCAGAGUUUCAAAGCGUGCAGCUGCAGGGUGCCAACAGCUUAUCCGGCACAGAAAUCAGGACUACAGAUUCUGUGGGUGUGAUGUGUGGAUUCACCUGCUCCCCUCAAAACACAGUGAAGUGUCACUACGGGUUCCAACAGCUCAUCCCUGCCCCCAGCUGGGGGCUCAGCUAUGUGGUACCACCCCUGGCUUCUCGAUCAGGUUCGGACUUGGUCUACGUAGUCGCUUUCCAGAACACCAGGAUCAAUAUCCAGUACAACAAAGCCCUACAACUGGACGUGCUGGGCGGCACGGUAGCCCAGUUUCAGGUUGACCCCUCCAGUCCCAUGUACAUCACAGCCUCCCAGGGCGUACAGGUGAUCUACUUCUGCACAGGGAGCGUUCCUGGGGCUCUGCCCGCCGUCGCCCCCUUCAUGAUGGGCAUAGCAGACACCAGCACAUACUGCUUCAAUUACAACUUCACUGCAAUGCCAUCCUUUCAGAAUAGCGCUGUGAUGGUGGCUAAGGGUGCGAACGGGAUCCUGAUUGCGCUCGAUCAGAAACCCCUGCCCCCUGAUGUCCGCUGGAGUCCUGUGAAAGAGUCUGACUACUCCUGGGCAGUUAUGGGCAUUGCAAACCCUGGGGAUCACAACCUCUGGCAACAGGGUGGCAUCUUUGGGCUGUACAUUGUUGGCACUGCCUCAGAAAGUUCCUAUGGAUACCCGGCAGUGUGCACUGAACAAACCAUGAACUGCCCGGAGAACAGUCACUAUGAGUCUUGUGGAUCUGCCUGCCCAGCAACAUGCAGUGACCCUAAAGCCUCAUUCAACUGCAUUUUCCUUUGUGUGGAGUCCUGCCAGUGCAACACUGGGUAUUUGUGGAGCGGCAGUCUGUGUGUUCCUGCCCAGCAAUGCGGCUGCACUUAUCAGGGACAUUACUACCUGCCCAAUGAGACGUUCUGGGCUGACAAGAGCUGCACACAGCAGUGUACCUGUGAUCUCUACACAAGCCGGGUGACAUGUAAACAAUCUUCAUGCAAACUCUCUGAGGAGUGCAGGCUUGUCGAUGAGGUGUGGGGCUGUUAUCCUUCUGUUAAUUCCUUCAAAACCUGUUCAGCUGAGGGAGAUCCUCACUACAUCACCUUUGAUGGAUGCAGGUAUGACUUCCAGGGCACCUGCAUUUACCAGCUGGUGGCGCUGUGCUCCUACAAUACCAAUUUGACUCCUUUUGAGGUGCAUGUGCAGAAUGACAACAGGGAAAGCACAGUGGUGUCUUACUCCAAGAUGGUACGGGUGAAGGUGUAUGGCAUCACCAUUGAGAUCAGCAAAGACAGUAGCGGUAAGGUUCAGGUGGAUGGCAUCUUGAUCAACCUACCUUACUCUUUCAGUAAUGGCAAAGUGAAAAUUUACCGGAUUGGGAUGAAUGCAGUUGUACGAACGGAUUUUGGUCUCAGGCUGACCUUUGACUGGAGCAGCCGUGUCACCGUCACUGUGUCUGCUGCAUACUCUGGCUCCCUCUGUGGCCUUUGUGGGAACUACAAUGGUGAUCCUGCUGAUGACCUGAUUGGAAAGAAUGGCCAGACGGUCCUCAGCCCAGAUGCAUUUGGAGAGAGAUGGAAGACUGGCGACGUUCCUGGCUGUGUUGAUAGAUGUCAGGGUUCCUGUCCAGUGUGCAGUGAUAAAGAGAAAUUGGCUUAUGCAGGGAGUGGCUUCUGUGGAAGGAUCACAGACCCCAGAGGGCCUUUCAGAGACUGCCUUGGUGUUGUGGAUUCAAAGAGGUUCUUCGAGAAUUGUGUCUAUGAUGUCUGUAUCUACAAAGGUCUCCAGUCUAUCCUGUGUCAGUCUAUUGCUAGCUAUGUGGCUACGUGUCAGGAAGUGGGGGCCAACAUCUAUCCCUGGAGAUCCAAGGGCUUCUGUGAUAUGCCCUGCCCUGCCAACAGUAACUAUGAGUUGUGCUCAACUGCCUUCCCCCGUACCUGCAUUGAAUCACCAGUCCCUCUUGAUGCUCCUUGUAUGGAGGGCUGCCGGUGUGCGACUGGUUUUGUCCUCAGCGGGGUGAAUUGUGUCCCCUCUUCAGAGUGUGGCUGCCUCCACAACAACGUGUACUACCAACCUGGGGAGAGCUUUUUCCCUGAAUCUCUGUGCCAGCAGCGGUGCACUUGUGGGUCAAACGGCCAGAUCAGGUGUCUCCCCUUCACUUGUGCCAAAGGUGAAAAAUGCAGUGUAGAAAAUGGAGUGCGCAAGUGUAUCCCUGUGAUGGUUUCCGGCAAGUGCUCUGCCUCCGGGGACCCACACUACCGCUCCUUCGACGGGCGUGCCUUUGACUUCCAGGGCACCUGCACCUACACGCUGGCUGUGAGCUGCCCUAAAAGCGGAGCCAUGGGUAGUGUGGAGCCUUUCUCUGUGCACAUGCAGAAUGAGAAGUGGGGCAGAGGGACGGUGGCUGUUACAAAGCUGGUGGAGCUGGGGAUCUAUGGGAGCAACUUUACCUUGACGCAAGGGCUGAGCGGAAAAGUCAAGGUGGAUGGCAUCAUGUGGAACAUUCCUGCUGUCCUGGACCGGGUUAGUGUGACUCAGCAUGGUCUCAACGUGCUUAUACAGACAGAGGCAGGUGUGGAGGUGGUGUAUGAUCUGCUGUACUCUGUGGUGGUGACGGUGCCUCAAACCUACAUGGGCCAGAUGUGCGGUCUCUGUGGGAACUACAACGGGAACCCGGGGGAUGAUUUCCAGCUUGCGGACGGCAGCCAGACUACAGAUGUCCAGGCGCUGGGCUCUUCCUGGAAGGUGUUUGUGCCAGGCGCUGACUGCAAUGACGGCUGUGGAAACGACUGCCCUCUCUGCGAUCGUUCUGGGAAGUCCCUGUUUGGAGCGGCUGGUUACUGCGGGAUGAUCACUGCGCCCACCGGACCCUUCAGCUCCUGCUUCCCGGUGGUAGACCCCCAGGGUUACUUCAAUGACUGUGUGUAUGACCUGUGUCUAUCUGAUGGUGGGACGAAGCAGGUGUGUCACAGCUUACAGGCUUACACAGCUGCCUGCCAGGUGGCGGGGGUGCAAAUCCAACCCUGGAGGAAUGACUAUUUCUGCCCCAUGGCGUGCCCUGCUAACUCCCAGUACAAACUCUGUGCCAGUACCUGUGCCAUGUCCUGUGCUGGGAUAACUGGGAAAAUGACUUGCAUGCUGACGUGUGCAGAGGGCUGCGAAUGCAAUGCUGGCUACCGGCUUGAUGGGGACAGAUGUGUUGAGGCGAACGGCUGCGGUUGUUUUGAGAAGGGAAGAUAUUACAAGGCUGGUGAGGUCGUUUGGGAACAGAUGUGCAGCAGGAAAUGUAGCUGCUCUCCAUCCACAGGCCUACAAUGCAUGGAGGCAUCCUGUCCAAAGAGUUUGGUCUGCAGAGUCCAGGACGGGAUUAUGGGAUGCUUCAAACCAGAUGAUGGCCCCCUCCCUUGUGACAGAAUCGACUGCCCGCCUAACACCAAGUGCCAGGUCAUAAACCUCCAGCCCACCUGCGUUGCAGACUCGACAUCUUGUUGGGUCUUGGGAGGCCCUCACUACCACACCUUUGACGGGAUGAACUUUGACUUCCAUGGAAACUGCACCUACACCCUUGCCCAAAAAUGUGGAAAUCAAAUAAAUGUCCCCCAGUUCUCUGUCCAAGUGCAGAACGAGCACUUAGGGAGCAGGCUGUUGUCUUCCAUCAAAACUGUCUAUGUAGUGGUUUCUGGAGAUACUAUCACAGUUGUGAGGCAGGAGCUGGGGUUUGUGCGGGUGAAUGGUGUGAGACGAUACCUGCCCUUCUCUCUCCAAUUGGGGAAGAUUAAACUGUACCAGAGCGGUGCACUGCUGGUUGUGGAAAUGGACUUUGGCGUUUCUGUGAUGUACAACUGGAACGGAUACCUGGUGAUCAAACUCGCCAGAUCGUUCACGGAGAGGGUCUGCGGGAUGUGUGGCAACAACAAUGGCGACUCCACUGAUGACUUUGUGACCCCAAGCGGCUCUCGGGUGAAGAAUGAAAUGGAUUUUGGGUGGAGCUGGAAGGUGGACAACGCAGACCGCUUCUGCCAGGCUGACUGCAACGGCCCGUGCCCUGUUUGCUAUCCGCGCAUGGCCCAGCAAUACAAGAUGGACGGCUCUUGUGAGUUGCUGACCCAAAGCAGUGGUCCCUUUGCAGUGUGCCAGGCGUUGAUUGAUCCAAGCAUUUAUCAACAGAAUUGUAUGUACGACCUGUGUGUGAACAAUGGCAACCAGACUCUUCUCUGCCAGGCUUUGGAGGCCUAUGCAGAUGCCUGCCAGAGAGCUGGGAUCAAGCUGCAAGAGUGGAGAGCGAUGGCUGUGUGUCCCAUAUACUGCCCAGACGAUGGUCACUAUGAGUCUUGUGGAUCUGCCUGCCCAGCAACAUGCAGUGUCCCUGAAGCCUCGUCCAGGUGCCUGCUGCCUUGUGUGGAGACCUGCCAGUGCAACGCUGGGUAUUUGAGGAGCGGCAGUCUGUGUGUUCCUGCCCAGCGAUGCGGCUGCACCUAUCAGGGAUAUUACUACCUGCCCAAUGAGAAGUUCUGGGCUGACGAGCGCUGCACACAGCAGUGUACCUGUGAUCUCUACACAAGCCGGGUGACAUGCAAACAAGCUUCAUGCAAACCCUCUGAGGAGUGCAGGCUUGUCGAUGGGGUGUGGGGCUGUUAUCCUUCUGUUAAUUCCUUCAAAACCUGUUCAGCUGAGGGAGAUCCUCACUACAUCACCUUUGAUGGAUGCAGGUAUGACUUCCAGGGCACCUGCAUUUACCAGCUGGUGGCGCUGUGCUCCUACAAUCCCAGUUUGACUCCUUUUGAGGUGCAUGUGCAGAAUGACAACAGGGAAAGCACAGUGGUGUCUUACUCCAAGAUGGUGCGGGUGAAGGUGUAUGGCAUCACCAUUGAGAUCAGCAAAGACAAUAGUGGUAAGGUUCAGGUGGAUGGCAUCUUGAUCAACCUACCUUACUCUUUCAGUAAUGGCAAAGUGAAAGUUUACCGGAUUGGGAUGAAUGCAGUUGUACGAACGGAUUUUGGUCUCAGGCUGACCUUUGACUGGAGCAGCCGUGUCACCGUCACUGUGUCUGCUGCAUACUCUGGCUCCCUCUGUGGCCUUUGUGGGAACUACAAUGGUGAUCCAGCUGAUGACAUGAUUGGAAAGAAUGGCCAGACGGUCCUCAGCCCAGAUGCAUUUGGAGAGAGAUGGAAGACUGGCGACGUUCCUGGCUGUGUUGAUAGAUGUCAGGGUUCCUGUCCAGUGUGCAGUGAUAAAGAGAAAUUGGCUUAUGCAGGGAGUGGCUUCUGUGGAAGGAUCACAGACCCCAGAGGGCCUUUCAGAGACUGCCUUGGUGUUGUGGAUCCAAAGAGGUUCUUUGAGAAUUGUGUCUAUGAUGUCUGUAUCUACAAAGGUCUCCAGUCUAUCCUGUGUCAGUCUAUUGCUAGCUUUGUGGCUACGUGCCAGGAAGUGGGGGCCAACAUCUAUCCCUGGAGAUCCAAGGGCUUCUGUGAUAUGCCCUGCCCUGCCAACAGUAACUAUGAGUUGUGCUCAACUGCCUUCCCCCGUACCUGCAUUGAAUCACCAGUCCCUCUUGAUGCUCCUUGUAUGGAGGGCUGCCGGUGUGCGACUGGUUUUGUCCUCAGCGGGGUGAAUUGUGUCCCCUCUUCAGAGUGUGGCUGCCUCCACAACAAUGUGUACUACCAACCUGGGGAGAGCUUUUUCCCUGAAUCUCUGUGCCAGCAGCGGUGCACUUGUGGGUCAAACGGCCAGAUCAAGUGUCUCCCCUUCACUUGUGCCAAAGGUGAAAAAUGCGGUGUAGAAAAUGGAGUGCGCAAGUGUAUCCCUGUGAUGGUUUCCGGCAAGUGCUCUGCCUCCGGGGACCCACACUACUACUCCUUCGAUGGGCGUGCCUUCGACUUCCAGGGCACCUGCGCCUACACGCUGGCUGUGAGCUGCCCUAAAAGCGGAGCCAUGGGUAGUGUGGAGCCUUUCUCUGUGCGCGUGCAGAAUGAGAAGUGGGGCAGCGGGACAGUGGCUGUUACAAAGCUGGUGGAGCUGGGGAUCUAUGGGAGCAACUUUACCUUGACGCAAGGGCUGAGCGGAAAAGUCAAGGUGGAUGGCAUCAUGUGGAACAUUCCUGCUGUCCUGGACCGGGUUAGUGUGACUCAGCAUGGUCUCAACGUGCUUAUACAGACAGAGGCAGGUGUGGAGGUGGUGUAUGAUCUGCUGUACUGUGUGGUGGUGACGGUGCCUCAAACCUACAUGGGCCAGAUGUGCGGUCUCUGUGGGAACUACAACGGGAACCCGGGGGAUGAUUUCCAGCUUGCGGAUGGCAGCCAGACUACAGAUGUCCAGGCGCUGGGCUCUUCCUGGAAGGUGUUUGUGCCAGGCGCUGACUGCGAUGACGGCUGUGGAAACGACUGCCCUCUCUGCGAUCGUUCUGGGAAGUCCCUGUUUGGAGCGGCUGGUUACUGCGGGAUGAUCACUGCGCCCACCGGACCCUUCAGCUCCUGCUUCCCGGUGGUAGACCCCCAGGGUUACUUCAAUGACUGUGUGUAUGACCUGUGUCUGUCUGAUGGUGGGACGAAGCAGCUGUGUCACAGCUUACAGGCUUACACAGCUGCCUGCCAGGUGGCGGGGGUGCAAAUCCAACCCUGGAGGAAUGACUAUUUCUGCCCCAUGGCGUGCCCUGCUAACUCCCAGUACAAACUCUGUGCCAGUACCUGUGCCAUGUCCUGUGCUGGGAUAACUGGGAAAAUGACUUGCAUGCUGACGUGUGCAGAGGGCUGCGAAUGCAAUGCUGGCUACCGGCUAGAUGGGGACAGAUGUGUUGAAGCGAACAGCUGCGGUUGUUUUGAGAAGGGAAGAUAUUACAAGGCUGGUGAGGUCGUUUGGGAACAGAUGUGCAGCAGGAAAUGUAGCUGCUCUCCAUCCACAGGCCUACAAUGCAUGGAGGCAUCCUGUCCAAAGAGGUUGGUCUGCAGAGUCCAGGACGGGAUUAUGGGAUGCUUCAAACCAGAUGAUGGCCCCCUCCCUUGUGACAGAAUCGACUGCCCGCCUAACACCAAGUGCCAGGUCAUAAACCUCCAGCCCACCUGCGUUGCAGACUCGACAUCUUGUUGGGUCUUGGGAGGCCCUCACUACCACACCUUUGAUGGGAUGAACUUUGACUUCCAUGGAAACUGCACCUACACCCUUGCCCAAAAAUGUGGAAAUCAAAUAAAUGUCCCCCAGUUCUCUGUCCAAGUGCAGAACGAGCACUUAGGGAGCAGGCUGUUGUCUUCCAUCAAAACUGUCUAUGUAGCGGUUUCUGGAGAUACUAUCACAGUUGUGAGGCAGGAGCUGGGGUUUGUGUGGGUGAAUGGUGUGAGACGAUACCUGCCCUUCUCUCUCCAAUUGGGGAAGAUUAAGCUGUACCAGAGCGGAGCAUUGCUGGUUGUGGAAAUGGACUUUGGUCUUUCUGUGAUGUACAACUGGAACGGAUACCUGGUGAUCAAACUCGCCAGAUCGUUCACUGAGAGGGUCUGCGGGAUGUGUGGCAACAACAACGGCGACUCCACUGAUGACUUUGUGACCCCAAGCGGCUCUCGGGUGAAGAAUGAAAUGGAAUUCGGGUGGAGCUGGAAGGUGGACAACGCAGACCGCUUCUGCCAGGCUGACUGCAACGGCCCGUGCCCUGUUUGCUAUCUGCGCGUGGCCCAACAAUACAAGAGGGGCGGCUCUUGUGAGUUGCUGACCCAAAGCAGUGGUCCCUUUGCAGUGUGCCAGGCGCUGAUUGAUCCCAGCAUUUAUCAACAGAAUUGUAUGUACGACCUGUGUGUGAACAAUGGCAACCAGACUCUUCUCUGCCAGGCUUUGGAGGCCUAUGCAGAUGCCUGCCAGAGAGCUGGGAUCAAGCUGCAAGAGUGGAGAGCGAUGGCUGUGUGUCCCAUGAGCUGUCCAGAGAAUAGCAUGUAUGUGUCCUGUGGAUCUGCCUGCCCAGCAACGUUUAGUGACCAAGACGUCUCGUCCAAGUGCCGGCUGCCUUGUGUGGAGACUUGCCAGUGCAACGCUGGGUUUCUUAGAAGUGGUGUUGAAUGUCGUCGUCCCAAAGACGCAAAUGUGUUGUCUUAAAAGCAGAAAAAUCUUGUCAUGAAGUUUAAGAGUGGGAGCUGCAAAAGACAUGCAAGACUGUGUCUUGCUCUUUAAGAAUUAUUCUCAUGUGUAUCUUUUUUAAAGUUUGUAUGAGAAAUAUAAUAUUCUCCUGCAAGAAACUACUAA